AUGAGCGAACGGGCUCAACCGUCGAAAAGACGGUGCGUCAGCACUGCGUGUGUUGCUUGUCGCAGGAGAAAAUCCAAGUGUGAUGGGAACCUGCCCAGUUGUGCAGCUUGUUCCUCGGUCUAUCAUACGCCUUGUGUAUAUGAUCCCAACUCAGACCACCGUCGCAAGGGUGUAUACAAGAAAGAUACUGACACCCUGCGAACUAAAAAUACCACUCUUCACACCUUGAUCCAGGCACUCCUCAACUAUGAUGAAGCAGAUGCUUUCGAUCUGGUCCGCCAGAUUCGAUCUUGCGAUGACCUAGAAGAAGUAGCGAACUCAGUGGUUGCUCAAGAAAAGGGGCUUUUAUCUGCACCCCGACCAACAAGAGAGCCAGCAAGUGAGGAGAUCGAGAAUGGCGCUGAGAUCGACCAGUUUGAAUCCGAGCUCGCAGGUAAAAUGAGCGAGCUGAUGCUUGAUGGUUCUCGCAAAUUCAUCGGCGGUACCUCCAACCUCAUAUUUUUACCCUCCGAGCUGCACGAGUCAAUCUCGAAUUCUCACCAAGUGAAUCAAGUACACACCGUCAGCCGAUGGACAGAAGUUACCAACGAUGACUCGCUCAUCAGUCAUUUAAUGACGAUGUACUUCACAUGGCACUACCCAUUCUUUACGCUUCUUUCGAAGGAUUUGUUCUACCGCGAUUAUAUUCGUGGUGUGUCUAGUCCAUACUGUUCUGCAUUGCUAGUCAAUGCUAUGCUGGCCCUCGGUUGUCAUUUCAGCUCAUGGCAAGGUGCUUUUGACGAUCCACAGAACUUGACAACAGCAGGAAACAAUUUCUUCAAAGAAGCCAAGAGGCUAGUUUUGGAAAAUGAUGAGCAUGAGAAUGCAAAGCUCUGUACCGUCCAAGCCUUUGCACUGAUGUCCGUACGAGAAGCAGGAUGUGGCCGUGAAGGAAAAGGAUGGGUCUAUAGUGGCCUCAGUUUCCGCAUGGCUUUUGAUCUUGGGCUGAACCUCGACUCAAAAAAUCUCGGAUCACACAACCUGAGUGACGAAGAAAUUGAUGCUCGUCGUAUCACCUUUUGGGGAUGCUAUCUAAUCGACAAAUGCUGGUCAAAUUACCUUGGUCGUCAACCUCAAUUGACUUCUGCCACUACAAAUGUGCCCAAAUUUGAUGUCUUGCCGCGAGAAGAAACAGAACUCUGGUCGCCGUAUACUGACUCUGGUGUGAGUCCCGAGCACAUGCAGGCAUCAAGGACUAGAGCUGUGGCGCUGCAGAUAUCUAAGCUGUGUGAGAUCAGCGGUGAUCUAUUGGUACUAUUCUACCAUCCAGCUGAGCUGGAGAAGUUCCAGCCCAAGCAGUCGGAAUUGAAGAAAUUGAGCGACGUCCAUACUCGACUUGAGGCGUGGAAAAAGGAACUACCCAAAGAACUGGAACCAAGAGAAGGACAACUUCCACAGGUCCUUGUCAUGCACAUGUUCUAUCAACUCCUCCUCAUUCACCUAUACCGUCCCUUCUUGAAGUAUACCAAGGCCAACACACCCCUUCCAUCCCAUGUCUCACCUCGCAAAAUAUGCACACAAGCCGCUGCAGCCAUAUCCAAGCUCAUGCGCAUCUACAAACGCAGCUACGGCCUCAAACAAAUCUGCAACAUCGCAGUCUAUAUCGCACACACAGCAUGCACAAUCCACAUCCUCAAUCUCCCUGAUAAAAACGCCCAGAGAGACGUAAUCCACGGCCUAAAGAACCUGGAAGAAAUGGCCGCGGGCUGGCUUUGCGCAAGACGCACACUCCGCAUCCUCGACAUAUCUGCCAGCAAAUGGCAAGUAACCCUCCCAGCAGAAGCAACCUUGAUAUUGGAACGGACCCAUGCAAAAUGGGGCUCCUGGGGCUCCUGGGACCAAGCAACAUCACCGUCUGCAUCAGACGCCUCCUCCCCAAUGGCAACAUCAACAACCUUCCAACCCGCCACAAGCCCGAGCAGAUUCACACCCGGGCCACCCCAAUCUCAACCCCGACAUAACUCGGAUCUAUCGCCUCUCCCUAAAACCACAAACGCAAACACAAACACAAACACAACCCCGGUCAACGUGGUCGGUCCGGCAUCUUUGAAUCCGCAAUACGCCUCAACCCCUUCAGUCCCACUGUCGUUCCCACCAAUGGCAGCACAUCCCUCUCUAGCACAAUCCCAAAGACCAGAAUUUGCUCCCCCAGAGCCGACAUAUCUCCGUCCAUCGGUCACAUACCAAUUUCCCGCCAUGACAGUCAACGCCCCAUCCCCGUCAUCUCCACAUCAGACCUGGUACGAUGGUGUCGGUACACAGAUGCCAACGCAGAACCAUACACCCACAUCCACUGCAUCGCCCGUGUCUGGAUAUGAUGGCACGGAAAAUCUAGUGGAAGAGAGUCAGGAUUGGUGGUCUAGAAAUGCGGCUGUUUAUGAUGGUAUGAAUAUGGAUGGGUGGGGUGGCGCGUGGAAUUCGCCUGGUCAGCUUCAGGGCCGACCUCGCGUUCAGGGUCUGGCACAGUCUGGUCAGACGCGUUAUCAGAAUGGGAAUGUUGCCCCGGUAGCUGGUAUUAUGUCUGAGCAGCAGCAGCCCGGAGUUUCGAUUGGCAUAUCCACUGUUGGGUCUCCGGUUGAGUGUGGGACUCCUCAGUUUGAGGAUCGGUGGACGUGA